CGGCCCCUCCUACCCCUGCCCCCUUCACCUCCUGGGAACAUGGUGCCCGGAACAUUCCAGCACCAGCUCGCCUGGGUGGGAGGGUGGCCUGCACAGCGGGCUCCCGCCUGGGCUCUGGUGGGCCGGUGCUGGGCUCCGCUGCUGCCGGGGGCUGUCCGGGGGGCAGGGGCUGGGCCGCGAUGCUCACGCUGUCCUACCUGAUCGCCCGCUCUGCUGGCUCCGUCCCGCGGGCCUCUGGGUGGCACCGUCAGGAGUUUGAGAAUGCCGAGGGGGAAGAGUUUGCGGCCGACUUCUCGGCACAGGGCUCCCCGGCGGCAGCGGCUCCGAACGGGCCUGACGUGUACGUCCUCCCGCUCACCGAGGUCUCCCUGCCCAUGGCCAAGCAGCCUGGGCGCUCAGUGCAGCUGCUCAAGUCCACGGACCUGGGCCGGCACAGCCUCUUGUACCUGGAGGAGAUUGGCCACGGCUGGUUCGGGAAGGUGUUCCUGGGGGAGGUGAACUCGGGGAUCAGCAGCACCCAGGUGGUGGUGAAGGAGCUGAAAGCGAGCGCCAGCGUGCAGGAGCAGGUGCAGUUCCUGGAGGAGGCGCAGCCCUACAGGGCCCUGCAGCACAGCAACCUGCUCCAGUGCCUGGCCCAGUGCGCCGAGGUGACGCCCUACCUGUUGGUGAUGGAAUUCUGCCCCAUGCAACGAGUCGCUCGCCGACAGGGGCCCCUGGCGCAGACUUGGCGUCCCCGCUGUGAAAUUUCCGGGCUCCUGGCGGCCGCCACGACCUCCCGGGGCGUCCCCACUGAGCUGAGCCCUCCCUGGAGCCGAGCAGCGUCACAGGGGGACCUCAAGGGCUACCUGCGGAGCUGUCGGGUGGCAGAGUCCAUGGCGCCUGACCCGCUGACGCUGCAGCGCAUGGCCUGCGAGGUGGCCUGCGGCGUUCUGCAUCUGCAUCGCCACAACUACGUGCACAGUGACCUGGCCCUGAGGAACUGCCUGCUCACGGCUGACCUGACGGUGAAGAUUGGUGACUACGGCCUGUCUCACGGCAAAUACAGGGAGGACUACUUUGUGACCGCUGACCAGCUGUGGGUGCCGCUGCGCUGGAUCGCGCCCGAGCUGGUGGACGAGGUGCACUGCAACCUGCUGGUGGUGGACCAGACCAAGGCCAGCAACGUAUGGUCCCUGGGAGUGACCAUCUGGGAGCUCUUUGAGCUGGGAGCGCAGCCCUACCCCCACCACUCUGACCGGCAGGUGCUGGCCUACGCCGUCCGGGAGCAGCAGCUCAAGCUGCCCAAACCCCAGCUGCAGCUGACCCUCUCUGACCGCUGGUACGAGGUGAUGCAGUUCUGCUGGCUGCAGCCGGAGCAGCGGCCCACGGCCGAGGAGGUGCACCUGCUGCUGUCCUACCUGUGCGCCAAGGGUGCCACCGAGGCAGAGGAGGAGUUUGAGCGGCGCUGGCGCUCGCUGCGGCCCGGUGGGAGCAGCACAGGCCCGGGGCUGGGGGUGGCAGGCCUGGCACUGGGGGGCCCGGGCGAGCUGGCCGCCGCCUCCUCUUUCCCACUGUUGGAGCAGUUCGCCGGGGAGAGCUUCCACUCGGAGGGCGACGACGUGCUGACAGUGACAGAGACCAGCCGAGGCCUCAACUUUGAGUACAAGUGGGAAGCGGGCCGGGGGGCCGAGGCCUUCCCGCCACCGGGGGGCGCGCUGAGUCCCGGCUGCGACGGGCACCUGCAGGAGCUCUGCGCCCUGGAAGGCGCACCCCCCGGCGUGGUGCCCGUGCUCAGCGCUCACAGCCCCUCCGUGGGCAGCGAGUACUUCAUCCGCUUGGAAGACCCAGCACCUGCCUCGGGCCACGACCCCGACUGCGCCGGCUGUGCCCCCAGCACCCGAGCAGCGGCCCUGCGCCCAGAUGGCCGCGACCACGAUGACGACUCUGAUGGCAGCGCAGGCGCCUCACUGGCCAUGGAGCCUCUGCUGGGCCACGUGCCACCUGCCGACGGCCCCUGGAGCCACUGUGACUACUACCCGUGCAGGAGCCAUGCCCGCGACCUGCCCCGCGCCUCGCGCUCACCCUCGCCGGAGACCUUGAUGCUGGAGGAGCCGGGAGCAGAGGAUAUCGCCUGGGGCGUGGGGGCCUUCUGCCCGCCCUUCUUCGAGGACCCGCUGGGCACAUCCCCGUCGGGGAGCUCUGGGGCCCGAGCGUCCGCAGGCGGGGAGGAGCUGGGGGAGGCCGAGGUGCCCAGGGCCACCCAGCACAGACAUUGGAGCUCCAACGUAUCAGCCAACAACAACAGUGGCAGACGAGCACCGGAAUCCUGGGACCUGGGCCACACAGGCGGCUACUUGGACUGCUGCCCUGGCGUGAAGCAGACCCUACGGGCCGUCCCUGAGCUGGGCCCUCCCCUGACCCCAGAGGACCCCAGAAAGCCUCUCCCUGGGCCCAAGGGGGCCUCUCCUGGUCAGGAGCUGGGCGGCUGCCUUGGCCUCCCCCAUCUGUAUCCUGCCGAGGGCUUGUCACCUGCCCCCUGCCUGGUCACACCCCCCUGGACGGAGGCGGCUGUCAGUGGGGGCGACAGCCCCCAGGCAGAACCCAGGCUUGCCGAGGAGGCCGAGGGCUCUGCCAGACUCCAACUGCCCCUUCCCUCCAUCCCAUCCCCAUCCCAGGAGGGGGCCCUGCUUCCUGCUGAGGAGGCCAGCACCCCGCCCACCCUGCCCGCCUCACCCACGCCCACAGGCAGCCACGCGCCUGCCCCCGAACCGGCCCAGACCCUGGGCAGCGGCAGCGGCUCUCCUGAGCUGGAGGCACCGGGCAGUGAAGAGGAGGACACGACAGAGGCCACUUCUGGUGUCUGCACGGACUUGUCCAGCGACGGCCCCCAGGCUGAGAAGCCAGACGUGACAGCAGCCUUCCGCCCCCUGCAGAAGCAGGGGGGGACCCCGGACUCCUCGGACUCCCUGGACAUCCCGUCCUCAGCCAGCGAUGGCGGCUGCGAGGGCUUCAGCCCGUCAGCGGCUGGCACCCCUGGCGGGCAGCCCCGAGCCCUGGACAGUGGUUAUGACACAGAGAACUACGAGUCCCCCGAGUUUGUACUCAAGGAGGCGCACGAGCCUGAGGCCUUUGGGGAGCCAGCCUCGGAGGGGGAGAGCCCGGGGCCUGAGACUCGGCUCCCGGCCUCCCUGGGCGGCCUCAGCGAGAAGAACCCCUACCGAGACUCUGCCUACUUCUCAGACCUGGACCCCGAGCCAGAGCCCACCCUGGGCCCUGAGGAGAGGCCAGGAGGUAGCCCAGCUCGCAGGCCAGGGCCUGACCUGGAGGACCCGAAGAGCCCCAGGCUGCAGCCUGUGCAGCCCUCCCCUGAGUCUGGGGUGCCCCAGGGGGCACAGGGUGCCAGCCCCGGGGAGGCGCCCCCACUGCCACUGCCACUGCCACUGCCUGAGGACGCAUCUCCAGAGCCCAGCGCCUGCCCCACAGGCCCCAGGCUGGAGCCUCCCUGGCCCCAAGAGCCAGCCCGCCAGGUGCCACCGGUGCCCAGUCCUGGGCGUUCGAAGAUGUUCCUGCAGGCUCUGGUCUCACUCAAGUCGGAGAGCCACGGCCCGGAGCCCCAGAAGGCCCUGGGACUGCUGUCAGGGCCAGGGCUGCAGGAACGGACCGGGGGCCCAGGUGCCUCCAGAACCCCACUCUGCCUGGCCCUGCCGGAACUCCCCUCGGCUCCGGAGGGCCGCCCGGAGGAGGAAGAGGAGGAGAGCGAGGACAGCGACGAGUCGGACGAGGAGCUGCGCUGCUACAGCAUCCAGGAGCCGAGCGAGGAGAGCGAGGAGGAGGCGACGCCCGUGCCAGUGGUGGUGGCGGAAAGCCAGAGCGCGCGCAACCUGCGCAGCCUGCUGAAGAUGCCCAGCCUGCUGUCUGAGGCCUUCUGCGAGGACCUGGAGCGCAAGAAGAAAGCCGUGUCCUUCUUUGACGACGUCACCGUCUACCUCUUCGACCAGGUGGGCUGCCGCCGUGUGCUCUGCGUCGGGGGACGGGGGUCCGUGGCGGGAUGGGAAGCCGCGGGAGACACGUGCUGCUCUGACCCUCCAGGAAAGCCCUACCCGGGAGCUCGGGGAGCCGUUCCCCGGUGCGAAGGAGUCGCCCCCCGCCUUCCUGGCGGGCGGCCCGGGCUCCCCCAGCGCCCCCUGCCGGCCACGGCGGGCAGACCGCUCUCCCGACGGCACCGACGCAGAAGGCGGAGGGUUCGAGUGGGACCACGGCCUCCCGCUGACGCAGGCCCAGGAGCCCGCCCCGCCGGUCCCCGCGGCGCCCCCGGCGCCGGCCGCGCCCGGGCCCUUCUCGCGCUUCACCGUCUCACCAGCGCCCGCGUCCCGCUUCUCCAUCACACACGUCUCAGACUCGGACGCCCGGCCCGUGGGAGACUCCGUUUUCAGAAGGGGAAAAAGGCUUGGAGAGAUCAGGUCCUGCCAGGCCCGCCUGUCGUGGCCACCUUGGCGUGGGGCCUCAGCUCCCUGGGGAGAGGCAGUGCUCCAGGGCUGAGACUGGACAGUCUGGUUCUCCUGUCUCAUGCUUUCCUCCCUCCUCAGAAGGCACCAUGCUGGCCAGAGUGCCCCACCCACCUCUCCUGCCAGAACCUUCCCAGCCCCUGCAGGUCUGUCUCAUCCAGUGACCGGGCCCCCUGCCCCAGCACCUCUCAGCUCCGAUGGCUCCUGUCCAGAGGAGCAGGUGGUGGUGGCUCAGGGGCCCCGACGGGCACCUCCUCCUCCCUCCACUUCUGUCAGCCUCAGACUAGGAGGACACAGCCCUGCCCAGCUGCCCACCCCCAAUCUGGGGGCUUCCCUGAAAGCCCACCUCAUCCUCUGGCCCCCGCCCCGCCCCGCCCCUGUGCCCUCAGCCUGUGGCUGUGGCCUCCAGGGAAGGGCCUGCCGCCCUGUCACAGUGUGCUCACAGCAGGUGUCUGAACAAGCAGGUCACCAGGAGACCCGUGUGUGACUCUGGCCAGCCCAGUUCUCUCAGAUCUGUCUCUCUCCCGGUGAGAGGCACACCCAGAGGGCAGGUGCUGGGCGUUGGGCCUGGGCCCAGCCCUGGUGAUAGGUGGCAAGGCUGAUGGUCCAGCCGCUACCUCCACAGGCAGGCAGGCCAGCUGCAGGCCUAGCUGCUCAGGGGCUCUAAGCCAGGGAUGGAGGCCAGGCUGGAGUCCUGGGGGAGGGUCCUCUCAGGAAUCCCUGGGUCCCCAGCGUCUCCCCAAACACUCAUGCGGCACCUCCUGUUUGACAGGCCCGGAAGCAGAUGCUGGGGGCAGCUGUAAAGAGGCUUGAGGCCCUGGCGGCACCUCCUCGGAGCCCCUGCCGGUCCGCUUCCCAGCAGCAGCGGGACUGACCGAGAGUGGCGGGGACCUUGGCCUGGCAGCGGUCAGCAGCAGCUUCCAGCACUUCGGUGCCCCCCACAGCACCCUGGAGGAGCAGGGUGGAGAGAGAGGCCUGCCGCUGGCCUGGACGGUGGAGCAGCUGUGCCCACCAGCACAGCGCUGGGCUGGGGGCAGGAUCGCCACGGACACUCGGGUUUGCUGCUAGCCACAAGAUGCCCUCUGGCCCAAACCCGGGCCACGCCCGCCCUGCAGCUGCCCCUCUGCCCUGGCCUCCGCUGUCGGACUGCUGGGCCUCUGAAGCCAGGAGACCUCACGUGCCCCGUCCGCUGGUCCCUGCGGUGUACUGCUGGCCGCUGUGUCCUCCCCCAUGAGAGCAGGCACAAGCCCCUUGCCACGGCCUCUCCUUGGCCCCGUCCCCCUCUCUGCCAGUUCAGGAUUUUCUCAGAGCACGAAGAGGACCUGGGCUCUCGGGCCCCAGCGCCAAGUCUGAGGCUGCUUUUCCUUCACUGACUCAGCUAGACCUGUAAGCUCUCUCUCCCCAUGGGGUCGGGGCCUGCUCCUGCCUGGGUCCCGCUGGAACCCUGCGAAUGGCCAACGUGGGCAGGCCAGAGACGGGGGCCUUUCAGGCUGCAGUCCUGCCGCCACGGCCCUGGUCCAGAGGUUCCCCGCGGGUGGCUGGUGCAGGCAGCUGUCCUCUGCAGGGUACCGCCCGGCCUGGCCCCGCUGCCCAAGGAAAGUGGGUGCUGUAGCCCACGGUGUCAGGGGCUUCCUAGCGCAGGGAUGGGGACAGG